UUGAAGGUCAUCCCAAGCUUGGGCCCGCUGGAGUAUUUCUUGUGCACACCUUCCAAUCAUCGCGUCCAUCACGGAAGAAACCCAUACUGUAUUGAUAGAAAUUAUGGUGCUGUGUUUAUUAUCUGGGAUAGAUUAUUUGGAACUUACGCGUCAGAGCGUGAAGGUGAGAAAAUAGCUUAUGGUUUAGUGAAGCCUGUCGCAACUUUUGAUCAACUAUGGUGUCAGUUUUUUGAAUUCAAAGCUCUCGUUUAUGACAGGGCACAGAUGAAGGACGAAAUGGGAAGAGAAGUCUUUCCCGGAUUUUGGAAUAAGGUUGUUCUUAGCUAUACAAUGAUCCCAAAAUUUGCCGGCUAUGAAUAUUUCAUCUCCAAUCAGUCACUUUUUUGA